GGCGGCGGACCGGGACCUCGGCCCCCCGAGCCACCGCCGCUAUGUGCGACCCCGAGCGCGGCUGGAGCCUGUCUUUCUCGGGCUGCGGCUUCCUGGCCUCGUACCACAUCGGGGUGACCUGCUGCCUGAGCGACCGCGCCCCGCGCCUCCUCCGCGACGCGCGCAUGUUCUUCGGCGCCUCGUCGGGAGCGCUGCACUGCGUCGCCUUCCUCGCGGGGAUGUCGCCGCACCUGAGUCUGCAGAUCAUUAUGGACCUUUGCCGGAGUGCCAGGAGCCGGAACAUUGGCAUCUUCCACCCAUCUUUCAGUGCGGGCAGGAGCAUCCGAGAAAACCUCCACAGACACCUUCCAGCCAACGUCCACCAGCUCAUCUCCGGGAAGAUGUUCAUCUCGCUCACCAGAGUGUCGGACGGGGAGAACGUGCUGGUGUCUGAUUUUCAGUCCAAAGAUGAAGUCGUGGAUGCCUUGCUGUGUUCCUCCUUCAUCCCUUUCUACGUUGGCUUAAUCCCUCCUUCCUUCAGAGGCGUGCGAUACGUGGAUGGAGGAGUGAGUAAUAAUAUGCCCUUCUUUGAUGCAAAAACGACCAUCACUGUGUCCCCCUUCUAUGGGGAGUGUGACAUCUGUCCUAAAGCCUUGUCCACGAACUUUCUCUACAUGGACUUCACCAAGCUCAGUGUGCGUCUCUGUUCAGAGAAUGUCUACCUUAUGUUACGAGCGCUGUUCCCUCCGGAUCUCAAGGUGCUUGGAGCGCUAUGCCUUCAAGGGUAUUUAGACGCGGUCAGGUUCUUGGAGGAGAAGGGCAUCUGUAACAGGCCCCAUCUGUACCGGAUUUUAUCUUCCCAAGAGCCGGAGGUCCUCGCGUCCCUGCGGGAACACAUGAGCCUGGAGUCUGCCCCAGGCAUCGCCACUGGGGAGAUGAGUCCUGAGGGAGAUGAGCUGCUGGACCACCUGCGUCUCAGCAUCCAGCACUGGGACGAGAGCAUCUUGGAGACCCUGUCGCCCAAGCUCACUAUAGCGCUGAGUGAAGCAGUGAAACACCGAGAUGGAUACAUGAGCAAGAUUUGCAACUUCCUACCGAUUAAGGUGAUGUCCUAUGUCAUGCUGCCCUGCACGCUCCCCGUGGAGUACACGAUCGCCGUGAUCCAGAGAAUAGUGACGUGGCUUCCGGAUAUUCCUGACGACAUCCAGUGGCUGCAGCAGAUGACCUCCCAGAUUUGUUCUCGAGUGAUGACGCGUCUGCUCCCCACGUCCAGCCUUAAUGGAGACAAGCAAGAGACAGCGACCUGCCUUCUCCCCGGGUGUGGUAAUUUGUUGGCAGGCACAGUGGAAUGGGACUCAAGGUGAAAUGUGUGUGUCUAUUUUUCUUACUUAUGCAUUCAAGUAUUACAAAAAGAAAAGAAACAAUGAUAAGCUCAAAAUCCUAAAUGCUGGCACAGAAAGCUGCUACUUCCACCUACUUUGUGUAAGUAUCCUGGAGUCGAAGAACCAGCAAGUUCAGACCAACUAAUCUAUUGCAAAGAUGGUGCUCUUAAAAAAAGAAUGUGGGGGGCCAGCCUGGUGGUGUAGUGGUUAAGUUCGUGUGCUCCACUUCGGCGGCCCAGGGUUCGCAGGUUCAAAUCCCAGGCGGGGACCAACAUACCACUCAUCAAGCAAAAAGAAAAA